UUUAAUUGCAAGUGCAGCGGCAUGCUCGAGUAAGUCGGUAUUUGCAUAUGGAUUAGGGUGUGCGUGUUUUUCCCUGGGAAGCGCGGAGCUGUCCCAAACUGACGGAUGCUGUCGCUGCUGCUGCCGCGUGAACCGGUGAUGCUGCUGCGCUCGAGCCGCUGAGCUCUCUCUCUCUCUCUCUUGUUCGCUUGCUCGCUCUCUUUCCCUUUCACACACUCUCUCUCUCCAUCCUCUCCCUCCUCUCUCCUCUCCUCCACACGCACAAAACGCUCUGUCAUGGCGUCUUCCAACCAUGUUACCCCUACCAACUGUGGCUGGUGGCCCAUCUCAGCCAUGGACGAAGACGGCAAAAUCACAGACGGGGAGGAGUGCGAAGAACCGGCGGCAGAGCCCAAACCCUUCAACAAAGACAGGCUCGUUUUGUACCACUGGACGCAAUCUUUCACCUCCCAAAAGGUACGGCUCGUCAUUAAUGAGAAGGGUCUUGUCUGUGAGGAGAGGGAUGUGAGCUUGCCACUGCAGGAGCACAAGGAGCCCUGGUUCAUGAGGCUGAACCUGGGCGAGGAGGUGCCCGUCUUCCUCCAUGGAGACACCAUCAUUAGUGACUACAACCAGAUUAUAGAUUACAUGGAGAAAACCUUUGUCGGAGGGGGUUUGUAUUCCUGUAAAAAUGUUUUCUCUUUUUCAUGCUCUUGUCUUAUUCACACAGACACAGUGGCUCAGCUGAUCCCUGACGCAGACUCGCCUCUCUACGAUCGUGUGCAGCAGUACCGUCAGCUACUGGAUGGUCUGCCCAUGGAUGCGUACACACAUGGCUGCAUCCUUCAUCCAGAGCUCACGACUGACUCUAUGAUCCCAAAGUACGCCACAGCAGAAAUACGUAGACAUCUGGCCAACGCUGCGACAGAGCUGAUGAAGCUGGACCAUGAGGAGCCUCAGCUGACAGAACCGUACCUCUCCAAACAGAAGAAGCUAAUGGCAAAAAUCUUGGACCAUGAUAAUGUGAACUACCUGAAGAAAAUUCUGGGGGAGUUAGCCAUGGUUUUAGAUCAAGUGGAAGCUGAACUGGAGAAAAGAAAACUAGAGUAUCAAGGCCAAAAGUGUGAGUUGUGGCUUUGUGGACCUGAAUUUACACUAGCUGACAUCUGCCUCGGAGCCUUGUUGCACAGGCUCAAGUUCUUGGGACUUUCUAAGAAAUACUGGGAGGACGGCAGCCGGCCCAACCUGCAGUCCUUUUUUGUGCGUGUGCAAAAACGCUACGCUUUUCGAAAGGUCUUGGGUGACAUCCACACGACCCUCCUGUCGGCAGUCCUACCCAACGCCUUCCGGAUGGUAAAAAAGAAGCCGCCGUCCUUCUUCGGGGCCUCUUUUCUCAUGGGUUCACUGGGCGGGAUGGGCUACUUUGCCUACUGGUAUUUAAAAAAGAAAUACAUGUAGUGAAUGCCCACUUGUUGUGUUAUAUGUCUGUGUAUUUGUGUGAUGUUUAAACUUUUCUGUAAUGUUUUAUGACUGCAGGAAAACAUAAUGAAUCUAUAUAGAGAACACUAUUACUUACCUGGGUGAACAAAGAAAUAUUAAAACAUUCCAUAAUAAAUUCUUAACAGCACAUUUUCUGGUAAUCAAGGCCUUUCGUUAAAGUUUAAUUACUGGAAACUUGCAGCUCUUGUGCAUGCAAGUCCUCAUUUAACUUUUGUUGAAGGCAUGCAUCAGGUCCACCUGCACUGAAAUCUUAAAGUGAAAAAAAAAACCCAGAUAAAACUUUAAACACAACAACAACAGGGGUUGACUGACCUUCGCAUGCCACUAUUAUAGUCAUUACUCAUACCUGCUCCUCACUCCUCCAUCUACCUGAGGUAUAACCAGUAAAACCACAGGGACACGUACAUGACGAUUACUUUCUGAAAAGUGCUGUGCUGCCAGAAACUGCCACAUGUAAUGAUGAAAGGAUGGAGGCAAACUUUAAAGGUAUGCUUUGACAUUUUGGGAAAUGUGCUUAUUGGCUUUAUUGAUGAGGCGUGGAUGAGAAGAUCGAUACUACUCUUUGCGUAGGUGUUAAACAUGAAGCUACAGGCCAAGAGGGUGAUUAGCUUAGUUUAAACACUGAAAACAAGCGAAACAGCCGCUCUGUCACAGAAAUGUGAAUACCAGCACCAGCUAGGUAUAGAACGUGAAACAGAAGCCAACACCAGUAAAUGCCUUUGUCUCAUUUAAAUAUGAAAAACAUAAUUAUGCUUCACUGUUAACAUACUAGGACUAAUCAAAUUAUCACACUCAGCUUGUGAUAAUUCAGUGAAAUUGCCACACUCCACGUGUAAUUUGAUUAAACACAAACACAUUAGCUAUAUUUUGCAAUGUGCCCGGCGUAAGGACAGUAGAAUCUGAUAUAUUAUAAACUAAGCAGAUAAUUAGGAUAAUGAUGGAAGGCGCGCUUCAGUCAAUAUUGUGCUUAAGUGGUGCAAAUCACUUAACACAUUUCUAAUGAAUUAAACUGCCACUCCACUUUGGGUGGCAUGACAUUGCGGUGUGGUGGUUUGCACUGUUGACUGGGAGCACUCACUAUGUGCUGGGUUUUUCUUUCAGCAGCUCCAUAGAUGUUCACGUUGGGUUAAUUUUUGCUUCUAAAUUGGCCAUAGGUGUGGAUGUGAGUGAGACAAAGUGCUGUUUGAAAAUGUGAAUGUUUGGUUUGUAGUGGAAAUGCUUUGAGUGGUCCAGUCAGACUGUGUCGGUUCCACUUUACCUGAUGGUUAGCCCUAUUUUUCAAGUAAAUGUAUAUUUGUAAAGCGCUUUACUUGGUCCUAAGGACCCCAAAACGCUUUACACUACACACAAUC